CUAUUCCCGAGCAGCGCCCCGCCCCGCCCCGCCCCGCCAGGCUGUCACCGCUGCUGCCCGACGCCCAAACAAACACGGCCGCCGCCUCCACACGCCUCUCCAGGAGCCUCCCGCGGGGUGUUCAGCUGUGCCGCGCCGUCCUGAGGUGAAGGGUGGCAAAGAUGGGCUGCUGCCGUAAUAGUGAGGUGCCCGCCAAGGAGGAGGAGCGGCGGCUCACUGAUGUUGUGUGGCUGGUGGCAUUCUUCCUCUUCCUGGUGUUGAUGAUCUUCAUAGCUGCUUUUGCCCUGGUGUUUGGCGAUCCUCUGAGGGUUGUGAAUGGCUAUGACAGCUUUGGGAAUGUCUGUGGGAGUGACAAUGAUGACAUGAAAAUGCAUCAAGAGGCCCUGAUAGUAUUCUCAGGCCUUGAUGUAACCGACUACAGGUAUGUUUUGUUCUUUGAUGUCAACGACCUGGAUGCCUCCCUCAAGACAUGUGUCAAGAAGUGUCCUGACCAGACCUUGUACACUCUGCAGGACAUACACGACUUCUACAACCGCACCGGAUCUAAGCUUUGCAGAUAUGACUAUGACAAGUAUGAUGAGGAUGUGAAGUGGGUGGAUGAGCUGCGUCCUUCUUUCAAUGCCAGCAUGCUGCUUGACUUGUGCCCAAAGCUCCCCAUCUUUCAGGGCAAGCCAGUGCUGAAUCGCUGUGUGCCUCUGAGGGGGGAGGGGCUGCAGGGUGUCCUGUACAACCUCUAUGGCUACCUCAACACCAUGGAUGUACUGGAGCAGGUGCUGGCUGACCUAUAUGCCUCAUGGCACCUCAUCCUCAUAUUCAUCUUUAUCACAUUAUUGUUGUCGUGUCUAGUGAUGCUGUGCCUGCAUGUCAUGACCACUCUGGUGUCCUAUGUUAUCGUGGUGGCUGUCUCAGUAGCCUCUGUGGUGGCGACGGUGCUGCUGUGGUGGAGCUAUGCUAGUAUACGGCUCCAGCUGGACCAGUCCCCCAUUGAGCAGAUCCUCAUGGAAACUGUGCGCAAUGAACGAGCACUGCUGGUGUUUGCCAUUAUCUCCACCAUCAUCAUGGUUGCCCUAAUAGCCCUUGCGGUGUAUGUGGUGCCUCACAUCGCCAUGGUGGCUGAGCUGUUCAGGCAUGCAGGAGGCUGCCUCACACACCACCCCACACUCUUGCUACAGCCAGUGGUCACCUUCUUUGUCUUGCUGGGCCUCUUCUUCAUCUGGGUGUGGGUAAUGGUAUCCCUUGCCACUGCAAGACAUUUGGGGAUCACAAGCCUUGAAUCAUCACACCAUGAAAUGCUCUUCAACCAGACAGCCGAGGGAGAUGGUUCCCCCAAUGGGACUGUGAUCCUGAAGCGGACCCCUUUACAGGCACUGGAGUACAUGGAUCCCACAUGGGUGCGCUCCCUCUGGUGGGUGUGGGUCAUCGGGCUGGUGUGGGUGGGCGAGUUCAUCUUGGCCUGCCAGCAGAUGAUCAUUGCCUCUGCUGUGUCCAAUUGGUACUUCUCAAGGCAACGGAUGACAAAGGGGCAAAAUCCAGUGUGGUGGUCGUGGAGGACGCUGGUGAUGUACCACCUGGGCACCGUGGCCAAAGGCUCCCUUCUCAUUACUCUCUGCAAGCUGCCCAGACUCAUCAUUCAGUGGGCCACAAAGAAGUGCAAAGACCCUGAAGGCAGCUGUGCUCGGUGUGGCCUGCGUGCCUGCAGCUGCUGCCUGUGGUGCUUUGAAAACUUCCUCAAGUACAUGAACCACAAUGCAUACACUGUGACUGCCACCCGAGGCACUCCCUUCUGCACCUCAGCCAAGAUUGCAUGGCAGGUGGUGCUGACCAACAUGCUGCAGGUGGCCACAAUCAAUAGUAUGGGAGACCUGAUGCUGUUCCUUGGCAAAGUUGCCGUGACAGGGACGGUGUGCUGCAUUGCUCUGCCUGUGCUGCAUGCUGACCCAACGCUCCACCUCUAUGCCGUGCCACUCAUUGUCAUUGCUGUGUUUGCAUUUUUCAUCACUCAUUGCGUGUUUUCUGUCUAUGAGAUGGCAGUGGACACACUCUUCUUGUGCUUCUCUGAUGAUUACAAUACCUAUGACACAACAGACGGCAGGGAUCUAGUGGCUGACAAGGAGCUUUAUGAGUUCAUGAUUAAACAUGAGGACAUUGACCACAAGAACAGCCGCAUUUCAAGGAAGCGAGAGGCUCCUGAGACCAUACGUUUCAAGGAGGGAUCUGUGUGAGAGGGAGGAGUAGGGAACAAUGGGAGUUGAAGUGAGUUGGUGGGGGAGUUGUUUUUGCUCUCUUGUGUGUGAUGUCCCUUGGUGACACAAAGGUAGAAUAUUGUGUAUUUUAUUAUCUAGGGACAGUGGCUCUUUUGCUCACUACUUUGCUGUUACAUGAUAUUAUAGUACAGUGGUUAAUGAAGAAUAGUUUUAUGCAUGGAGUAAUAAAUCUGGGUAAAAUUUAGUUCUAAUUUUCUGCAUUUAUAAAGGUAUCUUAGCAAAGAAUAAUUGGUUGAGUGGGAUAUUGCUUUUGAAUUUGAGAAGUUUAAUUGUUAGGAACAAGUGGCUGGCUAGCCAUGCUCUGCACUGGCCUUGCAAGGUGCUUCUGCAAUGGCCAAGGAUAAUGAGGCUCCAUAAAUAGGCAUUAUUUUCGUUACAUUACAACCAAAGCUUUACUGUGUUAAUGUUUUAUUUUACGUUUCUCAAAUAGUAUCUUGUCACAAAUGUUUGUUUUGAGGAGAGAAGAAUGCAAACUUUAUCAUAACUGACUCAAUUUAUUUGAAUGUAGUCUGUCUUGUUAUUCACAAAUAAUGAACAAAUAACCAAGAUACUUGAAUCCAUUAUCUGCGUGUCUGGAACUCUAGUGAUCAGAACUGUGCAGGUGAAUCAUGUGUUAUAUAUAUUUGCUGUGUCGUGCUUUUUAGAAGGGAUGCUGGAAAGUAACACCCAACACUGGUAGCUGGUUUUGACGACUUCCUGUGGUCAGGUCUGUUGGAGUGUCAUGGUAUAUUUUUUAGAUGAAAUCCAUAUAGAAGCAAUUUAAGAUAUAUGACCUUCAUGAAUUUUGCUUAUAGACACUGCAUAUAUAUACACAUAAUAUAGGUCACUGUAAUAUAUUGCUAUACAUUAGAUCUGUGAUUUUCAGAUAUGUGAUAUUUAUGUCAAUAAUGUUUAUUGUGUUGUCAGUUUUGUCUGAAAUUAUAACUUAGUAUCAUUGUGGACGAACAAUUUUAUUGUGCCACACUACAACUGAAUGUCUUUAGGAAAGGAGUUAGGUGCUUUGUUUUAAUGAUUUUUUUCAUAACUAAAGUGCUGUGCUCUGUGCCUGUAAGAAUGAUUUAAGAAUUAUUCUGCUCUCAGCCUGAAAGAGGGAUUAAAUGAGUGUAGCUGUAGGCUUGUUUGAUGGAUUGAAUUGAUGAAUUGAUUACCUAGAUAUUCUGUAGGCUUGUAAGAGAGUCUUCAGUAAUGGGUCAGAAGAAUCUAUACAAAGAAUGUGAACAUUCAAAGGAUAAUAUUGCAUGACUUGUGGCAUUUGCCGUAAAAGAGUGUGCAAAUGGGUCAGGUAUUUGCCUUUAAGUAAAGUGUAUCUUAAAGGUAUGUCCUUGUUGUAUUUGCUGGUACCAACACAAAACCAAAAGAGAAUUUUGUUCCUAUUAAUUUAUAAUUUACAACAGUUCCAGUGUAUGCUCAGACAUAAAGCUGCUGUGGCUUGAUUUUAUUUCUUUUAUUCUGGCAUAGAUAGAAUGCAUACUUUUUUAUCAUGGUAUAAUCUAUGCAGAUGGUAAUAACAGUUUGGUAUACAUGAUUGAAUUGGGUUUUACACAUGAGUCUUGGAGAACUUAAGUAUAAGGUGUAUAAUAUUUUGUGUUUUGUUAUUAUGUGAAAUAACAUGGAAAAUGAUAGAGAAAUCUUUUACCAUAUUUUUGUAAUUGAAAUAUUUAGUUUUCAGUGAAAUAUCUUAUGACAAUGAUUAGUGAGUCAAUAGGCAAUGUACCUGCAUUCAUAUUCCUAUAAAGUAACUUGUAUUUUAUCCAAUGAUCUCUACAUGUUUGUGAAAUUCUUCUAAAUAAUGAAAUUUGUUAUUUUUUGUUAUGGCCUGAGAAUAAGUCCUUGGAGUGUAUCUUUACUUUCCAUAAUGUUGAACAAUUAUGCACAAUUUUAGUGUUUCUUUAAGUUGUGCCUUGAGGGUGUCUUAUGUCAUUAUGCAGUGAUGUUUGUCACUGACUGAAGUGAAUGUAAUGUUAAGUAACAUGUCCAGUUUUGUGUUUUAAUUCUCGGUUGCCACGUUUCACGAAGAGAUAUGUCGUGACUGCAUAUUUCAUUCAGUGUACAUACAACUAAAGUUCUUCUGUUAUCUGAACAGCAGUAGUAAUUUUAGUCAUAUUUAUGGAGGGUUAGAUGAUUUCAUGAAAUUGCUUCUUUGACUGUAAUUGAUAAUGUGUUCAUGUUCAGUGAUAAUGAAGGGAUUUUCAAAUUUGAAGUUUGUGUGUAUAAGUACACGAGUUUAUAUAUUAUUUUUAUAGUAAGGUAGUAUUGAAAAAAAGUCACUUAAGAAAAUAUAAUGCUAACGGAAGUUUGUAUAUGACAGCUUAUAGAGCAAAAAAGAAUACUACCUAUUUGUACCAGUAAAAUUAGUGUGUGGAACAGCUGGAGAAAUAAUCUUGGAAUCAUCUGUAGAAACAGUGUUUAUAUAAUUAUUUUAGGUUUCCCCCCAACAUUAUAGAUGAGAUGAUAUACCACACAACAAUUUCAUGCUAGACUGUAUAAUAUCAGAGUGCCAUAUUCCAUGGUGUAACAAGUACCUCUAGAGAAAACAACUGCAAGAAAAAUGAAUUUUAGUCUUUCUGCUGGUGCUGCACAGCAAAAUAACAGCUAGAUAUAUAAUGAAAAGAUAAAACUAUGUAUGAGUUGGAAAUUGUUAAAAAGUUGUUGAUUAGUAUUGUGUCUGCCUGUGAAGCUAAAUCAUUUCCAAUAGCUGAAACAGAUGUAUUGGCUAAACUAAUGUCUGAACAUUAAGGAAGGUCUGCUGUGAAUUAAGGUAGCAGUAAAAGUUAUCUCUUGGCAUAUAUAGCUUGUGUGGUAGUCCAGUUUAUUUUUAAGCAAGCAGUAACAACUUAAUUAGGGUUACAUGUAGAUAUAUAUAUGUACUUUCUAUAUAGCAGGUGCUUAUGUACUUAAUAUCUUUACUUGAAUAGGAACACUGACCAAGCUGCCUCAACCCCAGAUAACUGAAGUGUGUUCACAUGGUGGAAGAUGAGUGGUGAACUUUAGUUCUCUCGUUCACCUGUUCUGUGUUGGGACCAGGGUAAGGUAGAUGCGUCCAAACUUGCUGUGAUGAUUUUUCUAAUACUUUAUUAAAAGAAAAUGAAUACUUGUAUACUACAUACUGUUAACAUCAAAAUUUUAAACCUCAAGAAAUCUACUUACAGUCCUGUUUGUACAGUUUCCUUUACAUACUGCAUGUAGUUUCUUAGUAAAAAGCUUGGAGCUGUACAUGAAUAGUGUUUUGAUCAACAACGAAAAUGUUUGGCUGAGCAUUCCAAAAAAAAAAUAUGUAAAUGAAUAAAAGCCAUAUUUUUUGUUAAGAUAUUUCACUAAAUUACAAAGUGUCACUCUCCUUGUAACUGAAUUAAUGUAGCUAAAUACAAAUAAAAAAUGAUAUUAUUA